CGAGCAGCGGCACAGCGAAGUCCGCUGUGGCUGAGACGCGAGAAGUCGGUGUCUGGUUGGCGUGGCUGGCGGGGAGUGCGGCUGGCUGAAGACACUCCAGCUCGCACUGCCGUUUCAAGGUCUCCUCUUCCUGGCCUCUGCUGGAGCCCCAGACCCGCUCCUGAGGUCCACCCUGCACCCUAUCUCACCAUGGGGAACCACUUGACUGAAAUGGCCCCUACAGCCUCGUCCUUUCUGCCGCACUUCCAGGCCCUGCAUGUCGUGGUCAUUGGGUUGGAUUCUGCCGGGAAGACUUCCCUUCUUUACCGCCUCAAGUUCAAGGAGUUUGUCCAGAGCGUCCCCACCAAGGGCUUUAACACUGAGAAGAUCCGCGUGCCCCUGGGGGGUUCCCGUGGGAUCACUUUCCAAGUGUGGGAUGUUGGGGGUCAGGAGAAGCUUCGGCCACUGUGGCGCUCCUACACCCGCCGGACAGACGGACUGGUGUUUGUGGUGGACUCUGCAGAGACUGAGCGGUUAGAGGAAGCCAGAAUGGAGUUACACCGGAUCAGCAAGGCUUCUGACAACCAGGGGGUGCCGGUGCUGGUGCUGGCCAACAAGCAGGACCAGCCGGGGGCACUGAGCGCGGCCGAGGUGGAGAAGAGGCUGGCGGUCCGAGAGCUGGCAGCUGCCACGCUCACCCACGUGCAGGGCUGCAGUGCGGUGGAUGGGCUGGGCCUGCAACCAGGGCUGGAGCAUUUGUAUGAGAUGAUCCUGAAGAGGAAGAAGGCACCUCGCUCGAGCAAGAAGAGACGGUGACCCGAGGCUGCCCCUACCCUACCUGCUAGGGGGUCAGUACACAUGAUAGCCAGGCAGGGCCCGUGACCUCUCAGCCAGCCCGGGUGCUGGAUCUGUCCACCGCAAAGGACUGAAGGAGCAUGGGUGGUGGCCCUGUGCGCCGCUGGGGGGAGGGAAGAUGAAGUGUCUUCACCGCCCUUCACCUGUAGAGGGGAGGGAGGGGCUGCAAGACCCGGAGACAGAUGUAAAUGCUAACUCUACCUCGGCUCUGGCUCUCCUGUCCUUCCCUGACAUUUUAUUUGGAGAUAUAAUUUUAUCUUUGCAGGGGGAGGGUGUGUAGAAGGUUAUCCAGAGAGUGCAUUUGGGGGUGCAUUGAGAACAUCUUUCCACUCUCCACAUUCGAGGAGAGGGGGGUCUCCUCAGCUGCUCUUCUCCUCACAGUCGUUCUAUGUCUGUGAAAGUGCCAAGAAUUCGCCCCACAAUUGUAGAUCCCCGGCCCUUUUUUUUAUAAGUCUCGAGUGUCCUCUGUAUUACUGUAUUUUGUUUUUUGUUUUUAGCAUUUGCCUGUAAGUUAUUAAAGCUGGAUGGAUGAUUCUCGUU